GCGCUUGUCAAGUUGUUUAUAUUUAACGCGAAACCGCGUACUUUUAGAGUGUACUCCGCAAAAAUGUAACCCUUGCAUAAGAAGUCUUAUAAGUAAAAGGUUAAAAUGCCCGGGCUGCACAGUGAUAGUGGAGUUGUGACUGCAGCUGGCAGUCCUGUGAAGAAAAGCAAACUCUCAUUGAAGUUCUUUCAGAAGAAGGAAACCAAACGCGCUCUGGACUUCUCAGAGGCCCCGCCAGAAGACAACAGUAACGUUACCGCUGAGCCGCAAGAGACUAUUUGUCAUGACCAGGUUGUGCCAUUGCCCUGCCCUUCGUCUCCUCUUACCUGCGAGAAGCGCGAGAGCCUGGUCCCCUUCGUUGGGUUUAAUAAUUUGGGGAACACCUGCUACUUGAAUAGCAUCCUUCAGGUUUUAUAUUACUGUCCUGGUUUUAAAGAAGCCAUCAAGUCCUUGUGUCAUGUGGCUAAACUGAAAGACAAACCGCAAGAAGAGGGUGCCAACAAUGAGGGGGACUCUGGUGAGAACACCCUACCUGUUCCCAUGGAGCUGUUGGGCAGUUUCCACAGCCUCAUUUCCUCUGUGGAGCAGCUGCAGUCCAGCUUCCUGCUUAACCCAGAAAAAUACAAUGAUGGAGAGCUAGCCACACCACCACGUAAACUGCUUAAUGCGCUCAGGCAGCUCAACCCAAUGUAUGAGGGUUACUUGCAGCAUGACGCACAGGAGGUCCUGCAGUGCAUUCUUGCGAACAUUCAGGAGGCCUGUGACACUAUCAAAAAAGAGCAAACAGACAACCAGGACACCACAAUGAUCAAUGGAACCGAGUCUGUCCAGGAUGGUGACGGGAGCUCUGACAGCCAGCUGAGUGGAAAGAGAAAGAGUGACACAGAAGCAGGCAAUGCUAAGAAGAAGCCAAAAUCUCAAAGCAAGUCUAAGAAAAAUGAAGAAAACGUGCCUAUGACCCGCUCGAAACGCAAGUCCUCCAGUGAAAUAAGCACAGAGAAUUCAGCUACUGAGCAGAGGAAUGGCACAGAAGAGCAAGAGAAGGAUAGCACCACAGAAGAAGAGAAGAAUGACAGUCCACCUAAAGAUACAGGCAAGAGGACUAGGAGAGGGAAGCUGGGCUGGUUGAGGCCAUCAGGGAAGCAGCCUAGCAUCUUCUCCAAGUUUCGCAGCAUGGGACGAAUUACUUCACAUGUAGGAGCAAAAGGAGAGACCAAGGAGAAGUCAGAUUGUAGUUCUCAGGAGAAACAGGACAAGGACAACUCUGAGAAUGAAAACAAAACUCAUGAAGUUAAACAGGAUCUGGGAAAGAAUGAAGAGCAAUCAGGCCUGGAUGUGCUGAAGUGGAUGUUUCAGGGUCAGCUGGUGUUGCGGACACGUUGUCUGGAAUGUGAGUGUUUCACAGAGAGAAGAGAGGAUUUUCAAGACAUCAGUGUGCCUGUGCAAGAAGACGAAACCCUCUCUUCUGACUCUAGUUCUGAGAUUUCUCCAGAUCCCAAGACCGAGCUGAAAACUCUAAAGUGGGCCAUAUCUCAGUUUGCAUCUGUUGAGCGUAUUGUGGGCCAAGAUAAAUAUUUCUGUGAGACCUGUCAUCACUACACAGAAGCUGAGAGAAGUCUUCUGUUUGACAAAACGCCAGAAGUCAUCACAAUCCAUCUGAAGUGCUUUGCUGCCAAUGGCUCAGAGAUGGACCCUUAUGCUGGCCUUUCCAAGGUGAACACUCCUCUGCAGACUCCUCUGAAACUCUCCCUGCAUGAGUGGUGCACUCAGCCUGACUCUCCAGACUAUGAGCUCUUCGCCGUGGUCAUGCAUAGUGGAGUGACCAUCAGCAGCGGUCACUACACCACCUACAUCCGCAUGAUGGAUCUCCAUCACACCAACAUCAAGCCUCAGACUCAGGAUGAAGAGCAUGACCGAGACCAAGAAGAAGACAUGAAACAGAAGAAAGAGGAAACUUCUCAAACCGACUAUGAUGAUGGCGAGGUGUCCUUCAGCUUGUCUGGCAGAGGGCGAAAUGUGGCCAGAACCAGCGGAACUAAUAACAUGUCCAGCAAAACGGCAGGCAAGAGGUGCUCUGAAGGUGUUGGCCUUUUAGGAGGACAAAGGAGCAUCACCAGCUAUGAACUCAGCAACAGCAAGCAAAACAAUCCAGACAAGCCAUCCAGCUUGUCCAGUCGUGCUCUCCUUCAGAACGCUGUAAAGAAAGAGCCAGAGGAAGACUGCGCUGAUGCUGUGGCAGACGGGACACAGGUCAGUUUUGACCUCGCUCUCAGAAAUCUUCUGGACUUUGAAGGAAAGUGGAUGCUGUUUGAUGACUCUGAAGUGAGACUCUAUGAAGAAGAGGACUUCCUCCGUGCUUGUUCUCCAGAGACGUGCUCCACCUCUACACCAUACCUGCUCUUCUACAAGAGAGUCUCUCAGUAAAACAGGCAAGUGGAUUCGGACAACAUACUUACGGAGUUUUGCUGAACUACAUUAAGUACUUGUGCAGGAAAUGUGUUGAUAGUUGAUAUGUAUGUUUUUGGAACAGAUGUCAGCAGGAAGCAGAUUUGAACUCUUAAGGCUGUGGCAUUUGUUGCCAACUUUUUCCCUUUUUGUUCCUUCACUCUUUGUUCUUGAUAAGUGAAUCCAUGUCAUCUGCUUUUUAGUGACCCUCAUGCAAACGCACCUUGGCACUUACUGAAGUGCACAUCGGCUUUCCUGUACUUUCAAGCAUUCCCUAAAAUCUUGGCACAAGUAAUUUUAUUGUGCACUGAUGUUUUAUAUUUUUUUAAUGAGAUCAAUUUUUGGUUGUUUGAGUUUUCGUCUCGAGUAUGAAUUUGCAUUUUGACUGCCCUGUUUUAGAGGAUGUUCAUAGUUUAAAACCCAGUGUAGAUUUCACAUUGUUGAUAGUAGAGGACACAGGUAUUGUUUUGCUCCCAACGGCAGUUAUGACUAUUUGCACACAGAGAUCAAGCUUCAUUUGACAAGUGGUCGAUUCUGAAAGGACAGAGUGUACUAAUUGUCUAUAUAGAAGUGACCACAAUGAUAAAGUGACAUAUUUUUGUAGUUUCUCUGCCAUACCUCAAUCCAGUCUGAAGAAGCUUUCCUCCUUUUACGUGUUGUAAGCAGGCCCUACCAGUACAGCUAGAUCUCUGAGCAAUAAAUAACACCCUUCGUGUAGAGUCUCUAUUACUACAUGGUAUUCUAUUGUAUAUUUGAGGACAGAGGGAAAAUGUAAAUAUUUUUCUAUUGUCUGGUUAUGUAGAUUCUUAUUUACCACAUUAAAACACCAGCAUAUAAAAAA